GUUGUCCGUGGUGCACGUGCAUCAUCAACCCUGACUCGACGGUCAAGUCUACAUAGAGUCCGGUUCCGGUCGUGAUACCAACUGCAGGCUGCCGGGAAACCAACUGCAGACUGCUAGAGGCCGGUGCUGCAGACGAGUGCUAACAUGGAAGGCUCAUGGCGGUGGAGAUUGGUGGUGGAGUGUAAGAAGCAGCUCAACGGCGAGGUUGGAGUCUAGAUGUCGCUGUAGCACGAGGGUAGGCGAGGCCGCAUAUAGACGGGGAAGAGGGGGGGGGCGAGUGCGAGUGUCCAAGGGACUGAUAUAAAACCCACCGAGCAACCCUCACUCCCCCGGACCCCAUCCACAAGCCAGCAAUCCCCAUCACAACACCACGAUGUCCAACCAGACGCUCCCUAAGCCGCGCACCCCGCUCCCCUCCACCUUCGCGCUAUCCUCCUACCCGAAGCUAUCCCACAUCUCCGCCGGGCACCUGCGGCACAUGCACAACCUGUCCCUGCAGCGGCCAGGUGACUGGUCUUCCAUGUCUUCCGUCUUCCCAGAGCAAGAAUGGCACGACGCACUGCGGUACCAGCUCAGCACAAUGCUAUACGGGGCAGGACUCGCACACUUCCACCAGCUUUCUGCCAUCCGCGCGCCGUUCAAGAUGCUGUGCCACCGGCUGAUCGAGAAGAUGCUGCACCGCGAUGUGUGGAGCUACUGGUACCUCACCAGCCAGGGCGGGGUCGCGUGUAAUCCCGACUUGAAGGUGCUGCGAGCGCCGUGGGCGGACCCCGUAAGGAGGGAGAAUAUCAUGUACUCCGGGCAUCUGCUGCUUAUGACGACGGUUUUUGCUAUGCUGUUUGAUGAUGAUGAAUGGGAUCAGGACGGGGCGUUGGUGUUUACGCAUGAUCCCGUAUAUUAUGGGCUGGGCGAGGAGGUCUAUAGGUACAGUAGGACGGAGCUGCAACGCGCGAUACUGGCGGAGAUGGAGAGGGAGGGAUGGGUCGGCGUUUGCUGCGAGCCGAAUGUCGUCUUUGUCAUCUGUAACCAGUUUCCGCUGGUAGCGCUCCGCCUCGACUCCGUCCGCAAGGGCAACGGGCACGCCGCCGAGGUGCUGGCCAAGUACGUCGCCGCGUGGAAAUUGAAGGGCGUGCAGUUCGAGGGCGACCAGAUGCAGGCGGACAUGUACAUGGUCCAGCAGAGACAGGCACUGCCGUUCGGCGAGAUCGCUAUGUCUGCUUGGGCGGCCGGAAUGCUCAACACCUGGAAUCCCACCUUCUCCCGCAACCUGUAUCCGCACCUGCUGGCGGGCUACCUCACGAAGAAACCCAACGGCCGAAUCAACCUCAACAGCGCGCCGGUCGCCACACGGAUCCGCGAACUUGCGAGCAGCAGCAACAGCAGCGGGAGCCAACCCACCGACCCCACCUCGCCAGAGCUGUUUACGCAAGCAUGGGAUGACGCUCCCACCCGCGCCGCGGCGCUCUCGCCCCUCCUGCGCCCAGGCAGCACAUCCUCACGGAUGCCGACGAAGCCGGUAUUCGGGUGCGUUCUCAGCUACGUGUCCGAAGUCGGGCCACGGGCCCAUCUCGCGGGGCUGCUGCAGCACGCCGACGAGAUGUUUGGGCUGCAGUGGCGGGACGGCGGGUGCUACUAUGCGCGCGGCGACGAUGAGGUCGUUGUUGAUGACGACGGAGAAUGGAGGUUCUGUGAUUCGUUUACUGGUAACGCGCUGAUUCCGUAUGCCAGGCUUAAUGUUCAGGAUGGGUUGCGAAAGAUGUAUGAACACCCCUGGACCGGGGAGGAGAUAAGGGGGAGGCCCUGGGUGGAUGGGCUUGGGGGCUUCGAGGAGGGGGUGGACUUUUUGAGGGCGAUCUGGGAUGAUGAGGUCAAGGCUAUGGUGCUGACGCUUCGCUGCUGGAACGGUACAAGGACGGUCAGGCCGGUGGUUAGACAGCUAAAGGCGGGCGUUUACGAUGUCUACGUUGGUGGAUGGUUGGUCAAGAGUGAGAGGGUGCUUACCGAUGGAGGAGCGGUUGAGGUGGAGUUUCAGGUUGGCGAGGACGAGUGUGAUUUGGUGGUUUUGAGGGACAAAUGCGAGUAG